AUGGCACCAGGUUCUUCAAGAACAGUGAUGAAGUGUAAAAAAGUUGAGGAAAGAAUGCAGAAGAAAAAAUCAAUGGCAAGGUCUUCUGCUACUCUUUCUACUACUACUUCUUCUUACUCUUCUUCUUCUUCAGGUACCAAAGAAGUAAAGGGUGAAGAUGAUCACAAUGAGGAAGAUAUAUGUUCUACACCAAAGGGUAAAAGGUUCAGAAUACCAGAAGUCUCAACAUGUCCACCAGCACCUAAGAAGAGAAGAGUUUCCACAUGCUCCUCCAAGAAAUCCCCAAUAGCAUUUUUUUCUUCACCAGAUAUGGAGAACUUUUUCUUUUCAGCCAUUAAAACUGUAACAGCUUCAACUUUUACCCCAAGUGGAGUUUGA